AAUAGCAACUUGUAAUAAGAACCUUGAGGACUUCCAAACUAAACCUGAAAUCACCAUAUUACUUGUCAGUCUUCAUACUGGAGGCCUUGGACUUGAUAUGACGGUAGCGAAUAAAUGUAUCCUUGUUGACCUGUGGUGGAACGAGGCCGUUCAAAACCAGGCCUUCUGUCGCCUUAUUCGCCAUGGACAGACUCGCGCGGUGGAGUGUGUCAAAAUUAUCGUGGAAGAAUCCAUGGAUGAAUACAUGCUCGAACUGCAAGGCAAGAAAUCGGAGGAAAUCACAAGCACCAUGGGCGAAGACGUUUUGAAGGAAAGAGACACUAUCAUCAAUCUUAUUAAGAUGUUUGCAGUCAUCGUGGAGGAUGAAGAAGGCCGCAUUACUGUGAAGCCUAAGCGAUUUGAAGGCUAGAGGUGUCAUCUAUGGCUUUUCUUUUCAGUUUGGAUACACGAGGAGGAGGAUCUCAUGAUCUAUGAUAAGCACAAGAAGGGUUGAUGGGUUGUUGUUGUUGUUGUUGUUGUUGUAUUGCUUAACACCACAUGGCAUCCUCGGGCGUGAGCCCGAGGCUCCUGACCUCCCUAGGGGUAUAGGGGUGUGCUAAGCUAGUAGGUGUAUCUAUCUACCUAUCUAUUUAAGUAAAUAUAAUAUAUAUUUUUGC